GCGCCGGCGGGAUGGCGGCGGCGGCGGGCGCGCGCAUGCGGGGGAGGGAGGAGGGAGGCGGCGGAGGAACGCUGGCGGGGCCUGGCCGGGCCGGGUCGGCGCGUCUCCUUCUCGGCUCGCACCGGGGGCAGGCGGCGAGCCGGCCGCGGCGGCCGCAGGUGGAUGCCCGCGGCCCGGCAUGGAGCAGGCCUGCGAAGUGAGCCGCCGCAGCUGCCUCGUCCCCUUCGGCACCUCGCUGGCGGCCGCCGAGGCCAAGGGCGGCCCGUUCGGCGAGAGCCACGGCCCCGAGCCGCCCGCCAUGCAGCUGGCCGCCGCCAAGCCCGUCUACAGCCAGGACCCCUCGUCCUGCUACAUCCCGCUGCGCCGGCUGCAGGACCUGGCCUCCAUGAUCAACGCCGAGUACCUCGGCGGCGCCGCCGAUGGCGUUGAGGCCCUGCCCGACCCCGGUUCGCCGCCCCCCCGCCUCCCCGCGGCGCAGGACCCGGCGGCCGGCGUCGACGGACCCGGCCCGGCGGCCGACGCGCCCCGCGGGGCCUUGGCCUUCCCCCUGCUCCUGCGGGACGGCGGGGAGGUGGUGGUGGAGGAGGAGGGCGCCGAGACGCCAGAGGAGGAGGAGGACGACGACGACGACGAAGAGGAGGAGGAGGAGGCAGCGGCGGACGGGGAGGAGGAGGAGGCGGCCGAAGCCGGCUCGCGGGACCGGAGCCGCGGCUGCCCCGGGCCGCAGCAGGGCCCCGCCAGCCCGCCGCCGCCCCGCUUGCAGCCGGCCGAGCCGGUGCCGACUACGGUGCCGGACGGCGGCCCUGGAGGGAAGCCGGAGCCUUCCGCCACCUCUGCGGCGGCGGCCCUGCAGCUCAUCCGAGCCAAGAAGAAACCUACUCCAGUGAAGUAUGAAGUUGGGGAUCUUGUUUGGGCCAAGUUCAACAGACGCCCAUGGUGGCCAUGCACAAUUUGUCAUGACCCAGUGCUGGACUGUCACUCAAAAAUGAAAGUUUCCAAUCGGAGACCGUACCGAGAGUACUAUGUGGAUGCCUUAGGAGAACCUUCAGAGAAAACCUGGGUUGCUGGGAAGGCUAUUGUCCUCUUUGAAGGAAGACAUCAGUUUGAAGAGCUGCCUGUUCUUCGGAGAAGAGGAAAGCAAAAGGAAAAAGGCUACAAACAUAAGGUUCCUCAAAGAUUUAUGGCUAAAUGGGAAGUCAGUGUUGGACAGGCAGAAGACAUUCUUCUUGGGGGACUGGAGGAUCAAAAGUGCAGCCAGAACUCCAGCGAGCUGGACAGCGAGAAGGAAGUGCAGUCGGAAUAUUAUGCCAAUGGCCCUGGAGCGGAAAGGGACAGGCAGCUGAAUGGAUGUUUUAAAUCCUUGGCGUUUGACUCCAGACACCUGACCAGUGAAAAAGGAAAAUUGCACAUUAAGCCACAUGUGAAAAAAAGCUCUGACAGCAGAAAAAGGACUAGAGUAAAAAAGAGUGGUGCAAGAGGGGAAGCAUCUGGGGGAGAAAUCAAAGAAAAAACACCAGACAGCAUAGUUAGAAACAUGAUUGUUGGGGACCUACCAGAUAAACAUGCAUCUCAUGAACUUCGCCGGAUUGCCAACAGCCUAACAGCAUCCAGUAGCACCAGGGAAAACCAUUUGCUUUCCUCCUUUGGAGAAAGACGUUUUGAAAAGACACCUUUGAAAACAGACUAUGAGAAUCGUAAAAGCGAUACUCUGAAGAACACUCUCCAAGGGGAUUUGUUUUCCAGCACUUCUUUGGAGAGAGAGAAGAGCUCCCUGGGCAUUUUGUGCAGUUCCAAAUUACAGAUACACUAUUCUGCAUCUGAUGCUGGUAUUGAGAAAAAGCAAACAGAAUCGGAUUCAUCCUCUUCCCUCUCAGAUGGUGGGAACAGUGACGUAGAUACCAUGGACCAAAGUUCAGAGAGAGCCUCUAGUGUUCUGGAAGUUAGUGAUUCUUCAGAUAAAGUGGAGAAGGAAUUUCCUAUGACAUCAAGUGGAAACAUUAAGUUUUCCAUGUAUCUUUCUCAGAAGAGCAACAGAAGGGCCAGGAAGAAGUCAUGCAGAGAUCGCAAACCUCUGGGAGGUUCAGUAACCAGCAGACUUGAUACUGAAUUUGCAGAUGGGGAGCUUGAAGUAGGCUUCUCUGAUGCUGAGAUGUCAUUGAUGGCUCUUGAGCGCUCUUCAGAUGUGAGAAAUGACAAUCUUUCCCUAGCAAACAAGCACACUACUCCCCAAAGUGUUUCCAAGGACAGCUCCUGGCCUGCUGUUGCAAAUCAAGCAAUCUUAAAACCGAAAAGCAUGAAAUUACCCCGAAUCAGGAGUAUAAAAUGCAAACAUAAAGAAAAGGUUGCUGGGUUGGAGCCUUCUCUUGCAGAAGAAGAGGGUGGUGUGAAUCGCUGCUCUUCUGAUACCAAAGGUUUCUCUGGCCUUCAGAGAGAUUCUCUUCAGAGAAGCGGAAAAGUUGAUGGUCAGAAACUGUUAAACAACAUGCAUGAGAAACCCAGGGAUUCUGCUGAAAUAGAAACAGCUGUGGUGAAGCAUGUCUUGUCAGAGCUGAAGGAGCUGUCUUACCGGUCCAUGAACGAUGAUGCUAGUGACUCUGGCACUCCAAAGGCCACAGUACCUUUACUUUUCUCUUCUGCGUCUGGUCAUGGUCGUUUGCCCAUUGAGCCAGAUUACAAAUUCAGCACCUUGUUAAUGAUGUUGAAGGAUAUGCAUGACAGUAAGACAAAAGAGCAGCAACUGAUGACUGGUCAAAAUAUAGUCCCAUUUCGAAAUACCAACACAGCUGAUGGUUCUGGAAGCAAUCCUGCGAGUGGUCUGAAGUCCUUGUCUAUUGUAGGUCCCCCAUAUAAAAUAGAAAAAAAUGGAGAUUGUGUCCAGGAAACAGUAACUCCAAACUCCGCUAUAAGCAACUCCUCAUUUUCGCGCAAUCCUCCAACCAAGUUGACGGGGAUUGGUACUAGUAAAAGGGAGCCCGCGAGUACUGCUGUUUCUGGGACAAACGGCACAAAUUGUGUGCCCAAACGCAACUGUUCAAAAUCUAAGCAGUCAUCAAAGCUUGGAGAUAAAACAGUUUCAAACAGAAAGGACUUAAAACCAGGAGGGCCAAGUAAGUUGUUAAGUCGGUUAUCCAGAGAUUCAGGAGAACAUGCAUUCCGUGUUCACGGUUCGGUUACCAGUCCUCUAGGUAAUGAAGCAGAAGAUACUGAGAGGAAAGAGUCUGUUGAUUUAACAGAACAUUCAACUGAUGAAGACUCUGCCUGUUUAUCUGAUGACAAUUUAGAUCGUAUUGGAAGGAGACCUGAAGCUGGUAGAAAUAUUGAGAGCUGCACUUCUGCUGAAAAUGGGGAGAGUCCAGACUUGGAUUCAGAGGCAAAUAGUGAGAGCUCUCUUGGUGAUGAGUCUAAUGAUAUAAAUCACGUAGCACCCAAAAAGCGGUGGCAGCGUUUUAACCAAAGCAGUGCUAGAUCUAAUAAGCACAUCAGUAGAUCUAGGGAACAAGGAAACUUGGAGAGUGCCUUUGGCCUGAAUUCUCGUGGCUUUUCACUGAAGGGAAAUGAGUGCUUGGGACGUAGGCAUUCCCCUCAUUCAAAGGUGCUUGAGGGAGACCUGACAGCUCAGGACUAUGAGAAUCAUUUAGACUUAGUUGAGAAACAUUUGAAUGUAUGUGGUAAGCCAAACAACAGUGUGAUGGACUCAGAAACAGAGCUUGGCAACUUUGCUCCCCAGUCUGAAUUCUCUGCACAAGUACAUUCAGAGAGGAAACGCCUUAGAAAGCCGAGUAAACGGCUUCUGGAAUAUGCAGAAGAAUAUGAUCACUUAUUUGCGCCCAAGAAAAAAUCAAAGAAAGGCCAGGAGCAAUUGCAAAAGGUGAAUUCCGUGGUAAGGUCUGAAUUUGAAGGAGGUCUUCCUGCACAAUGCAGUCCUGACAGAGAUACCCAGCGGGGGCCGAGUCCUUUGGUUUCAACUCCAUCUUCAACCAAAGAGUCCCCUCCCAUCCUUGAAGCAGAGUGCUCCUUCUCUAGGGAACUAGGAUCUCAUCCCACUGAUCAACUUCUAGAAGGACCUUCAGAUUUUCCAGAGCUGGUGCUGUCUUCCUUGGAUGUUUCUGAAGUUUCUGCUUCUCCAGAUGCAGAAGAGAGAUUCCUGAAAUCAGGAAACUUGGAAAGCAAGCGUCAAAGGAAACCCACUAAAAAGCUCUUGGAAUCCAAUGAUUUGGACACUGCCUUUAUGCCAAAGAAGGAGGAGUGGACUCCCCCAAAGAAGGGCACUGGCCCUUCAGAAAGCGACAGCUCUGAGCUCUACUCGCCAGCCCGCUUCUCAGACCUGGGAGAAGCUUCUGAAAAGCUCUCGGAGAAGCAGCGGAAGCGGAAGAGACAGCGCCAUCCCUCUGCAAUGCAUUCCAAGAAGGAGAGAAAUGAGGAGGGUCUAGGGGAGACCCCACACUCUGAGGGGGAGACAUCGGUUCAUGGUACUGCUGCAAGCCCCAAAGAGGGUAAUGAAGAGGGGUCAGAGAAUGACCAUGGAGUGCCUUCGUCCAAAAAGAUGCAGGGGGAACGUGGAGGAGGAGCAGCUCUCAAAGAGAAUGUGUGUCAGAUCUGCGAGAAGCCAGGGGAAUUGUUGCUGUGUGAGGCACAGUGCUGUGGUGCUUUCCACCUGCAGUGCCUUGGGCUCUCCGAGAUGCCAAAGGGCAAAUUCAUCUGCAACGAGUGUUCCACAGGGGUCCAUACCUGCUUUGUGUGCAAGAGCUGCGGGGAAGAUGUAAAACGGUGCUUGCUGCCCCUCUGUGGGAAGUAUUACCAUGAAGCGUGCAUACAAAAGUAUCCGCCCACGGUCAUGCAGAACAAGGGCUUCCGAUGCUCCCUGCACAUAUGCAUGACCUGUCACGCUGCUAACCCAGCAAACAUCUCUGCGUCUAAAGGUCGCUUGAUGCGCUGUGUGCGAUGUCCGGUUGCGUACCACUCCAAUGACUUCUGCCUCGCAGCUGGGUCCGUGGUCCUCGCCUCCAACAGCAUCAUCUGCCCCAAUCACUUCACUGCACGGAGGGGCUGCCGCAACCAUGAGCACGUCAACGUCAGCUGGUGCUUUGUCUGCUCGGAAGGGGGCAGCCUUUUAUGCUGCGAGUCGUGCCCGGCUGCAUUUCACCGUGAGUGUCUAAACAUUGAGAUGCCAGAGGGAAGCUGGUACUGUAACGAUUGCAAGGCAGGCAAAAAGCCACACUACAAGGAAGUAGUCUGGGUGAAAGUUGGGCGCUACAGGUGGUGGCCAGCUGAGAUUUGCCAUCCUAGGACAAUUCCUGUCAACAUCCAGAAAAUGAAACAUGACAUCGGCGAGUUCCCUGUGCUGUUCUUCGGCUCUAAGGAUUACCUGUGGACCCACCAGGCCCGUGUGUUCCCAUACAUGGAAGGUGAUGUCAGCAGCAAAGACAAGAUGGGGAAGGGCGUGGAUGGCAUAUACAAGAAAGCUCUUCAGGAAGCCGCAAUAAGAUUUGAAGAGUUGAAGGCACAGAAAGAACUGAGGCAGCUUCAGGAAGACAAAAAGAAUGACAAGAAACCUCCUCCCUACAAACACAUCAAGGUGAACCGGCCAGUGGGUAAGGUGCAGAUCUUCACUGCAGACCUGUCCGAGAUACCACGUUGCAACUGCAAACCAACAGAUGAAAACCCAUGUGGCCUGGACUCCGAAUGCAUCAAUCGCAUGUUGCUCUAUGAAUGCCACCCCAUGGUCUGCCCUGCUGGGGAGCGCUGCCAGAACCAGUGCUUCUCCAAGCGGCAGUAUCCCGAGGUACAAAUUUUCCGCACGCUGGCACGAGGCUGGGGCUUGCAAGCCAAAACAGACAUCAGAAAGGGCGAAUUUGUUAAUGAGUAUGUUGGGGAGCUAAUUGAUGAAGAGGAGUGCAGAGCCCGAAUCCGCUAUGCUCAGGAGCAUGACAUCACCAAUUUCUACAUGUUGACACUGGAUAAGGAUCGAAUCAUUGAUGCUGGGCCAAAGGGCAAUUACGCUCGAUUCAUGAACCAUUGUUGCCAGCCAAACUGUGAGACUCAGAAAUGGUGUGUGAAUGGCGAUACUCGCGUCGGGCUCUUCGCAAUCGUAAAUAUCAAAGCUGGGACUGAGCUGACUUUCAACUACAACCUGGAGUGUUUGGGAAACGGAAAGACCGUUUGUAAAUGCGGUGCCCCAAAUUGCAGUGGCUUCUUAGGAGUACGGCCAAAGAGCCAACCCACCCUCACCGAAGAAAAGUCCAAGAAGCUAAAGAGACGGCCACAGAUGAAGCGCAGGUCACAGGCGGAGGUGAUGAAGGAGCGAGAGGACGAGUGUUUCAGCUGUGGGGAUGGAGGGCAGCUAGUUUCUUGUAAGAAGCCAGGCUGCCCCAAGGUGUACCACGCGGACUGCCUCAAUCUGACCAAGAGACCUGCAGGAAAAUGGGAGUGCCCAUGGCAUCAGUGUGAUGUGUGUGGUAAGGAAGCAGCUUCCUUCUGUGAGAUGUGCCCCAGGUCCUUCUGCAAGCAGCACCGGGAAGGCAUGCUCUUCAUCUCCAAGCUGGAUGGACGUUUAUGCUGCACAGAGCAUGAUCCCUGCGGGCCUAACCCUCUAGAGCCGGGAGAAAUUCGUGAGUAUGUGCCUCCCAUAGAAGCCCUGGCUAAUGGCGAGGACGCCCAGCCACCAGAGCAGCCGCCUGCAGACACAGACUUGAGCGUUCAGCCUCUGGACAGCCUACCUCAGUCUGUGGCCCUCAGACUGCAGUCACCAGAAAAGCCCCCCGCUACCCUAGCGCUGAGGCUGCCUCCGUCAGACAAGUCCCCCACCACCCUAGCCCUGAGGUUGCAGCCAUCAAACAAGCCCCCCACCACCCUGGCCCUCAAGCUGCCUCCACCAGACAAACCACCCGCCACCCUGGCGCUGAGACUGCCACCAUCAAAUAAACCCCCCACCACUUUGUCACUGAGGCUGAAGCCAUCCAACAAACCCCCCACCACCCUCUCGCUCCGGCUGCAGCCUUCGGACAAACCUCCCACCACCCUGUCACUCUGCCUGCAGCCUUCGGACAGGCCCCAGGCUGCCCUGUCCCUAAGGCUGCAGUCGGAGAAGCAACCCAUUAUCGUAGCGCUGAGGCCUCAGCAGCCUGACAAACCUCCCUCCAACGCGGUGCUGUGGCCACUGGAUGAGUCCUCCAGUGAUGCCACACAGCCUCAUCUGCCGAGUAAAUCUCCUCCGGGAACUCCGCAGUCGUCGGACGAGUCACUUGUUAGUGCUGGUGCCCUGCAGCUCCAGCUGUCGGACGAGCCUCCUGCCACCCCUGGGAUUUUGGGGUUAUCGGACAAGUCUCUCAUUGACACCAGGAUCCAGCAGGCUGAGCUGCUGGAUGAGUUUCCAACGAAAUGCCUGCAUCCUCAGCUGUCAGACAGACUUCUCGCCAUGGCGGGGACCCUGCAGUCCCAGCCGGUAGAUGAGUCUCCUGCGACCGAGCAGCCUCAGCCAUUGGACAAAGCUUCUGCCCAGAGUCCGCAGCUUCGGUCUGUGGAAAAGGCUCCCAGCUCCAUGGUGCCACAGGUCCCAGCAUCGGAGAUGGCUCCCGGUCCUGGGGUGCUGUGGCCUCUGCCCAUUGAAAAGGUGCCCAGCUCUCCAGUCUCACGGAUCUUGCCCAUGGAGAAGGCUCCUGGACCAGCUGUGCCACGGCCCCCACCUCCAGAGAAGGCUUCCUUCUCAGGGGCGGUGCGGGUCCCAGCCAUGGAGAACACUCCCAGCUCUGGGACACCCCGUCCCAUGCCUCCAGAGAAGGCUCCUGCCUUGGGGAUGCCGCGGAUCCUGCCCACAGAGAAGGCUCCUGCCUUGGGGAUGCCGCGGAUCCUGCCCACAGAGAAGGCUCCAAGCUUAGGGGUGCCGCGGCCUCUGCCUCCGGAGAAGGCUCCUGGCUCCCGCUCACCACACAUCCUGCCCAUGGAGAAGGCUCUCAGCUCGGGGGCCCUGCGGAUCCCGGUCACACAGAAGGCGCUCACCCCCGGGGUGCUACGGCCCCUGCCUCUGGAGAAGGCUGCUGACUCCGGGGCCCUGCGGGUCCUGCCUCCGGAGAAGGCUCUCGGCUCUGGGGUGGCUCGGCCUCAGCUCUUGGAGAGGCCCCUCACUCUUGCAGCCCCGUGGCCUCAGGCAUCAGAUAAGCUGGCUGCUGCCGUGGCUCCUCGACCUCAAGCCUUGGACAAGCCCCCAGCUCCGAGGUUGUUGCUGUCGGAGAAGGCGCUGCGGCCCGUUGACCAGAACGCGCAGCUGAAGGAGAGGGGAGCCCCAGCUGUGGAGCUGAGUCCCCAGCAGAAAGAGAGGACCAUGUUAGCUGGCGAGCAAAUCUCUUGGUCUGCUGGGAAGGCGGUGACACAUGUUGGACAGGUACCUUGGCCUACGGAGAAACUACAGACACAUGAGCAAACCCACUGGCCCACUGCAAAAGCCUUGACGCCUGCAGAACAGCCUCCCCGGACAGCAGAGAAACUACCAGAGCCGACCCUUCAGCCUGGCUGGGAAGUGGCCUCAGCCCCCACAGAGCAAACCCCUUGGACAUCAGAGAGAUUGCGUGCAUUUGAGCAGACCCCUCGGCCAGCCAGGGAAGCGCCGGUGCCCCCGGAGCAGAUGCAGUGGCUUGUUACGAACAUUCAGACAGUUGACCAGAUUUCUUGGCUGAGUGGAAAAGCACAGACUCCUCGGGGGCAGGACUCUUUGCCUGAACAAAACACAGCGCUAGCCCGUAACCAGGAUUCUGUCUGUCGUGAGUUGGCCGACUCAGAGCCAAAGUGAGGUUGGUGAAUACGGGAGGCAGGUUUCAGUCUUUUAAUGUUUAGGGAGGGGAAUCUUUGUUUUGUUUUUUUUAUUCACUUCCCUGAGCCCAGCCCCUAACCCAUGCACAUCCCAUCCAUAUUCUCUCGUGACAUGAGCAAGGACAUUCACUUAAGUCUGAGUGUGGCCCAGCUGAAGGGAGAGAGCAUCCGUGACCUUUUCCUCUUCCUUUUACAAAUGGUAAAGCUGAAAUAAAGAGUCCACUCUGGGUAAAAAUCUCCAAUUCCAUUGAAAUGGUCACAUUACUGAUCCAGCGUGUUCGAGCUCCAGGUCUGAUUCAUAGGCGGGUUCCCAGGUACAACUAGGGGCCUCGCUCUUGUUACUGUAUUUAGAGGAAGCAGAUCAGUCAGGCUGCCCUGGAACUGGAGAUGUUUCGGGGAUCAGGCGGUGAGCAGUCAGGUUGUACGCCCUUGCCAGACUCUGCAGAAGCAGGGAAGGGGGUUUAUCUGUCAUAUGCCCAGGUCUCUGUCCCUGCAGGGUGUUGCUUUGCGAGGUGCGUCCAUACGUUCACUGGGACAUGCUGCGUGUGUGAUUCACUGAAGGACAGGUAUCAUCUCCAGCCGAGCUCAGAGAGGAGCCCACUGCACUCGCUCAGUGCAGUUUUCUCCAGCAAUAGGCAAUAUCCAUUCAGGCUCCUUUGUACAAAGCUGCAACUGGCCAGGCCUGAGAAACAAGGAAUCUGAAGGAGAUCAGGGAAAAGAGAGAUCUUGGAAGAAGCCAUCCUGCAGUUUUUUUCAUUCUUGUGUCUUAAUCCUUUAGCACAGGACAUGCAGAGUGUUUCCUGCACUUGAAAACGUUGUGACCUAUAAAGCAGCAAUAGCAGAGUAGGGCAGAGUGGGUUUCCCCAAGGUGCUGAGCACCCCCCUGGCAGGGUGGUGGUGCUCCCUUUCAAAUUUCCAUCCAGUCUCUUCUUGACUUCUGUCGUCACCUUGAGCCAGCAGACUGAGCAGUCUUUUUUCCCCUUGCCUCAGACGUGUUCAGGACGUGUUCGCAUCACACCUGGUCUUCCCAGCAGCGGGACCUGCUGCCGAGCUGCAAGCGAAGCCUGUGCCGUUUGCUACGUGGCGCAGAGGCGAGGGUGCUGUAGCUGUAUCGAGACCCAUCUCGACACCUUCCCCUUGGGUAGCUUCUGGCUUAACUCUUCUACAACCAAAGGAGACUUGAAUUAACUGGACUGUGUUGGUGUGCGUGUGUGUGUGCGCGUGUGUGUCCUUCCAACUGAAUAGUAGUUCUCACACUGGAACACGGUGGGCUCCAGCAGCUGGCUGGCUUUCUUUUUUCUGCUUCUCCCUUUUCCAGUUAAGGAGAUGUUUUGUACCUGGUGGUCAUCAGGCUGGUGUCCACACUAGGCCUGCUGAAAGCCAUUUACUCAAGUGUUGAGGCAGAAGUUUGCUUGGCUGUGGUACUCCCGGGGCAAGCAGUAGAGUCCCAGAGACCUGCAGAGUGGUGUCUUGCGACCGCUGCCACCCUCGCAGGCUGGAGGAGGAUGAGCGGCCCUGGGUGGCCCUGCCCGGGCUGGAUGGGGUUGAUAUCCUGCCAAGGAAGCGCUGCCGACCAGCACAUUCUCCCACUCUCACAACACAUUACCUCUGUGGUUUGCCUGAGCUCCGCCGAUCCGGGUGCUGCAGCCUCGGAUCUCCGUGCCCGCCACCAGACCCUUGCGCAGCUCCAGUGUAUCCUCCUCCUUCCAGGCAGAUCCGCAGGUCCCUCCCGGAAAGAGAACGUUCAGCUCCAGGCUGACCCUCUCACUCUCAUGUGGGAGCAGGUCCUUGUUCCCACCUGGCUUGCAAGUGCCUGCUGCUCCCAGAGCAGAUGGUCCUGAGCUUUGCGGUUCUCUAUGAAGGGAGGCAGAUGCUUGUACCAAGAUAAAUCCCGAUCCUUUCUCCUUUCCUGAUGCACGCACCCCAAGACAACGUCCUGCUGUAAAGGCCAGGUGUGCUGGGCAUGAGGGGACAUUACCAGUGCUAUGGUGCAUCUCUUCUCUAGUCCAAAUCAUUUCAGAUCCUUUGUAGAAUAGCUAGUGACUUCGAAAAGCUUUAUGGCUUAUGGAAACUUACUGUUUAAUGUUGUUUUUUUCCGGGAAGACUGGCAGGUCAGUUCCUGCUUGCUGCUGAAACUGGGGAAAUGCAAGCAGCUUGUGUUUCUGCGUGACUCCUGCACAAAGGGAAUCAGGACAACUCCUCAGAGCCAUUGAGAGAGAAGAUAAUCUAAGGGCAUUCAUUAACUUUUUUAAACAAAAUUUAAAAAAUGGUAAUGAGGUUCAGUAUAUUAAGUAUUUAUCAUGUGUGAGAAGGAAAAUAAAUCUUGAAUUUACAUUUAUAGGCCUUCCCAUGAGCUGGACUUAGUCAUGUAGAUUGUGUAAGUAGGGUUACCUCCGUGCCAGCUGCCCAGCCAGCUACAGCUGUAACCAGAAAGGUAUCUGCACUGCUCUGUCCACCUCCGCUUCGCAUUGUCACGUGUUAACUAGUUACUUGUUUCAUGAAAAAUAAACUGUGAAUAUUUUUGGUGCAGGCUUUUUUAAAUCUGUAAAAUGGAGAAGUUCUCAAUGAAUUCUCAUAAAUGCAGGUUUGAAAAAAAACACUUUUAUAAAUUGUGUGGUCACAUAGUAAAGUGAGGUUCACGGCAGCAGCAGCCUUUCACACAGCAGGCUCUUGCCUAAAAGCUUGAACAGUGAACGUGGAUUGAACCGUUGCAUGGCAUUUCAAACCCACAGCCUUAUUACUUGCGUCUGACCGUACCCCACCUCUCUUCUUGUCUCCCUUCAUGCCUUUUCCACAAGGAUCCAGGUUUCUGGCUCACUACCUUCCAGCUACAUGCUGGAAAGUUGACUUCAUCGUAGCUGGGAGGCUGCUUAGUGAAGUUGGUGUUUGGAAAUGUCAUUGAAGGAGGAAGCCAGUAAGGUGCUCUUCCCUCCUUGCCCUUGUUGGGCCCCUGGACGAUGCUCUGUCAGAUCAGGAGGGCUUUUCAGACAUAUGUGGGGCUUGCAGAGGGAGUAGUGGUCCUGUCAGGAAUGGCUAUCAGUGCUGGGUCACCAACAAGGCAGGCAAGGCCUGACCAGGCAUGGAGAUAGGUCCUGGCAGCCCUGCUCUGCCCAGCCUGCCUUCAUCGGUGGUGAGUCGUGGGAAACUGCUCUGGGCAACACAACACUCACGAAGGAAAUAAGGGCUUCUUCAGCGCUUGAGGGGACUCUGGCUGUUGAUGGCAGGUGGUAGCACUGCCUUGGAAGGGGAGAGGGAGAUGUCUGUACCGGCAUAGUUGGGUUCAUUUUCUGCAGUUCACUGCUGCUUUCAGAGUUCAGCCAGUUUGAAUCAUUAGGGGUUUUUUAAUGUAGAGGAAAGUGGCAGGUAACACAUACCCCUGGCAGACCACUCCUGUGGGAGAGACUGCUGCAGCUCUGCUCUGGCUGCCCCGAGCCCUUGUGCCAGGCUGGAGCUGGCCAAGGAGCGUGAACAGCUUUGCCGUGGCUGAGGCCAUAGUGCUCUUUUACUGUGUUAGAGGGAUCAAAUCACCUGGCCACUAACAGUCUCACAUCAGGCAUAAUUGCAUCCAAUGUGGGCAAGAGGCGACUCUUGUGUUGAUUCACUGUUGUGGAGAGUUGUAGAAGCAGAAUCAAGGGUGUAAUUAUUUCUGCUCAGAGCUGUGUCCCUUUCCCUGCUGUCCCAGGGAGGCUCACGGGAACUUCCCAGGGUUAUGAGCCCAUUCCCACUUGUAGGAAUGGCUCCCCCUUCCCAGUUCUGAAGGGGAUGAAGGAUUUACUCCCAUACAAAUGCUUUGCUGUCAGUAUUCUUGCUGUCAGGAUGGGCUGGCUGCCCCUGCUCAGAGCAGUGGGCUGAGCUCACCAGCUGUGGCCUCUGUCUCUUGGUGGGACCCAUUUCAGUGGUGGAUUUCCACAGUGGAGAUGGAGGAGCUCUGGUGAGGGGUAACAGUGUGAUCAGGGACUUGGUCUGCCUGCCCAGGCAGGGAACGAGGGUUGCAGGGGAGGAACCACCGCAGGACGUGGGUAGGAGGGAAGCAGACACUGGCUGCCAUCCGUCCGUCCUGCAUGGCUCAUCCCGUCUGCACCAGCUUGCUGGGCUGGUGCCUGCUGUCAGCCAGGGCUCUGGUGAAUCAGGCAGAAAAGCGACCACUGUAAGGGAUAAUCCCCUACCACGCAUCUUCAGAUACGAACUAGCUCAUGGUAGCUUGCUUUAUUGCCGUUCGCGAGUUAAAACUUUUCUUAUUUAACAAAAAAACCUACAAAAAACAGAUUCACUUCAAUGCACAGAGUAUCCAGGUGGUACUGUGGGAGCAUGCGUUCUAAUUCGGGGUUAAACCCCCCACAGGCACGGGCUUUGCUUUGAAGGUGUGGCUGCUGUUAAAAUUCAGAUGAGAGAGAUGGUUGAAUCUAAAGGACAGUAACAUACUACGGUGGGAUGAUGUGGAUUUAGGGUGCUAGAAGAGCUUCAGCUCAGUUUCACAGAAAAAAGGAAAGAAAAAGGAAGAAAAAGCAGCCCUAACCCUGAUGCAUCUUGGCAGCGGUUUAUCCUGAGCACGCUGUGAAUGUGCGCUGCUCCUGCCUGGACACUGCAGCCAGCGUUGUGACAGGGCAAAGGGAGUUUGAGAAACCUCAGACCUUCAACACCUUCUGUUUAUUUUUAAUUUCAGCCUUAACUUCUGAUUUUGCUUGAUGUUUGGAAUAACCGUAAUUGUAACCUGCUUGUAAUGUGCUUUGCCCUAAAUUACUGAUGAGGCUUUCAGCCUUUGCCAGCCAGCGAGUGUUAAAGCGAAGUGACAAACUGUGCAGCUACUCUGAAAGUAUAAGGGGGGGCUGGCGAGGGCUCACACCGUGAUCACCUGGGCUUUGCCUGCGCUAAUUACUCCCCUGUGAUAGUGAUAAAGCUGGUGGCAGCACUUGCAGCCAAGGCUGUGCCUCUUGCAGCAGCACCGCCGGGUGCUCAGGGCUCCCAGGGCCUGGGGAAUGGGAAUGCUGGAGCUUGGGGACCACUCUGCCACUUGCCUGGCUUCAGCGGGACUCUCGCCUGUGGGGUGGCAGUACCCUCGCUUAGCGGGAGGUGGGAAAAGGCAGAUUUCUGCUCCGGGUCCUCCAAAAGUGACCUAAGCCAAGUCUGGUGCAGGGGGACGGUGUGCGUGAGCUUGGGCUAGAGAAGUGGCGGUGAUGGACAGUCCCUACAGCACUGAAUCUACCUCCUAGGGAAAUCUGAGAAAUGGGUGUUGCUAUGUCCUAUUUCAAGGUAAAGUUUUAAUCAAGUUUGCCCUUGGCGAAGCACUUGGGCUAUUGUGGUGCUAUUGUAAACCGUUUGGCAGCUUAGCACAGUAGGGCUGGACUCACGGCUCCUAGCCCACGGGCUGGAGGUUUCUUCGCUGGCUGAAUCCUGUCCCCAGAUAGCUGGGGCUGGGCUUCGGUGCCUGUGGCAGAAACAGGAUGAGGCGUGACUCGGUUCCUUCGAUCUAUGAUGGUUUUGAGACUCAAACCAGCGUGCCAGUGGGCCCUGUGGGCAUAGGGAGCAAGUGGAGCCAUGUGAAGCAAGGCAGGCAUCCGCUAACUGCAUGUUCUUUGUGUCCGUUUGGUACUGAGCUGGUUUCAGUUUUUGUUUUUUUCUGAUGUUUCCAAGUUGUUGACUUCAAGGAACUGGGUUUUGUGUAUUUUUUUUUUUAGACACUGGGAACUUGUUAAAAGGAAAAGCAGCAGCACCAGGAGGCUCAAGCUGGAGCAUGGCUAGAGCUGAGGGUGGCCCCAGCCGAUGUGGAUGGGAGGAGGUCAGAUGUGCUGGCAGUGGCUGGCACAGUCAGGCAGGGAGCAGGCAGGGAGCAGGCAGGGAGCAGCUCUCCCUGUGAUGGGCAGAAGCCUUUUGGCAGCAGCACUCCCAGCCCUGCUUAACCAUGGUGCCACGUUCUCUGCCCCCCAGCCUGCUCACCUGCGAGACACCGAACGUGUCGGAUACCACACCUGGCUUUGAACGUCCCCUCUGGUGCCACGCGCUCUGGGCUGGGGUCCUGGCUGCCAGCUAAGCUGGGGGUGCCAAGGAGGGGGGGGCCACCCGUGGCAGCGAUGUUAAGUUGCGCUGAAGCUGUGAGCAGGAGGUUUGCUCGGAGAGGGAGGAAGCCUUGGUGCGAGCAGCCCCAUGCUGCCUUCCUCCCUCACAGAGAUCUGCCACCCGCGGGGUGCUGUCCCACGGCCUUGGCUGGAGGGAAACGCAGCAGGAGUCAGGGUGCCCGGCCAAGGCGGGGGCCAGGACAAGCACUGCGUGGGGGACACGUGAGUGCUUAGCCCUGGCCGGGACUAGUCUGUUGGUUCUAAGCGGGGAUGCCGGAGCGGGUGAGAGAAACCUACAUAUUUCCAGCAUGUAUAUUAUUUUUAGAAGAGGGAGAGGGGACAGUCUUGGACCAUUGAUUACUUUAAUUUGCUCCCCUUAGACUGUUGGCUGUGUAUGUGAAACUUACAAUGAAAAGAGGGUUGCCCUGCCCAGGUGCUCCCAGAACAUGUACUGUAAUUCUUUGUAUAUAGAAGAAAAAUUACUGUAAAGUAAAGUUUAACUUUACUCUCGA